CCACACUGAAAGCGGAGAAAAGAUAGAUGAAACGGCGGGAUGUGUUCCUAGACAGACCGAGAGAUGAAAGGAAAAACGUGAGGAAUGCUGCAUUUUCACGGCAGCCAAAAGUUUCUCACUUGACAAACAAUCACCAUCCGAGACGCACACGCCCAUAAAUAGAGACAUACAUAAACACAUCUACGCCGAUAUCUUCGGUUGGUUGGUUUGUUUUUUGUUGUUUUGGAGUCAGUGAAUCUUCUCCCCAAACAAAGCCCAGUUCCAAAUAUGAGACCCCCAAAUUUGUGCGGAAUACCCUAAAAACCAUGAAGGAUGGCCCUUCAGCUUAGACCUUUCAUGUCCACUUUGGUUUAAUAAGUGCGGAGUGCUUCCCUUUUGCGACGAUGGCAUCGUGUCCACAGACAAUGGAAGUGAGAGCGGAACUAAGUGAGCGUGUGAGAGAAGGAUGGAACACUUCUUCUUGUGCUUGUUCCAAGUUCUUCUUGUUUACCUUCGAACUGCUCCAUUCCAAGGCAUCAACUCUAGUUCCAGAUGAGAGGAACUCUCAGUGACAAUUCCAGAGCUGAACGAUCCAAAGAUGGAUACCAGAAACAAGUCGAAUGGGUCCCUCAAAGGCGAUGGUCCACUCAAUUACAGUCCUCCCGCCUCACCCAAAGUCUCUCAUCGAGGGGUUAGGAACAUGUUGAGCUCAGACACAAGUGGAGAGAACAAUGCCCAGACUAACGUUUGCCAAGUGAACAGCUUCACAUCAUCGUCCAUAGACACCUCUUUCGAUCCUGGUCUGAACACGUGUGAUAGCUUCUUGUCUAGUGGAACAGACUAUCUUUUAGACGAGACCUUGACCUUCAGAGCUUCCUCCGUCAAGGACAAUCGGACGCAUUCCGGGUCAGGAAGUGCGGGCGGAGGUCGUCUCACGGAUGCCGCCGUGGCCGUUUUGGCCAACGGCCUGCUGAAAUCCACGUCCUCAUCCACGAACCCUUUGGGCAAUCCUACGAACCAGCAAUCUUCUUUCAUUGUGGAACACCGAGAUCCGGGCAAGUCUUGUGGGCCCUGCUGCCGGAGACCGUGCUCGGGACUCAUGUUUUGUGGUUGUGUAUCCGUGAUUGUCUUAACUGUGAUAACGGCAGCUUUCUUCGCUUUUUACACGGUCUCUUCACCAAAAUUACGUCCAAAUAUGACCACCGUGGAACCUGUCCUGCGUCAGAAACGGCGUUGCUUUGACAUCUGCGAGCCCGAUGAUGUCAGGUUUCGGGAUGACAAGCUCAUGAAACCUGUGAUUGUCCACGAUGGGAUCAAGCCCAUCACCUACUUUUUGUACCAGUUUCCUCAUGAGCCCAAAUUUGGACCCGAGGUGGGUGAUCCAGCCUAUCUGACUCCCUACAUUCGGAGGGGAAAACUUCAAGAAGGACGGGAUCGCGCCAAAGUGAAAGGACUGCCUUGGCCAAAAUUGGAGAGCUACGCCGGGUUCCUCACGAUCAGUGAGCAAUACGGAUCUCAUUUGUACUUCUGGUUCUUUCCCUCAAAAUCCGAUCCCAGCAAGGAUCCGGUCAUCCUUUGGCUUCAGGGUGGGCCUGGUGCAACAUCCCUGUUUGGCUUGUUCAAAGAAAAUGGCCCCAUAAAGGCCUUCCUGGGCCCCAACGGUCCCCAAUCGGAGCUGAACCCAUAUUCGUGGAACCGAAACGCCAGCGUACUCUACGUGGACAACCCUGUGGGGGCGGGCUUCAGUUACACGAGUAGUGAUUAUGGGUACCCUAAUUACGUGAAUGAGUCCUCGGACGACUUGUUCAUCGCCCUGCAGCAAUUCUUCACGCUAUGGAGCGAUUAUGCGGAGAGGGAUUUGUACAUCUUUGGUGAGAGCUACGGCGGGAAAUACAUCCCAGCACUCUCUCAUCGCAUCCAUUUGAGCAAGACUGUUCCCGAGUACGCUGGACCCGUUGAUCUGAAUCUGAAAGGCCUCGGGAUCGGAAACGGUUGGAUGAGUCCCGCGGAUCAAGGAAAAUAUGCCAGUUACCUCUACUUCCAUGGUCUAUUGGACCGGAAGCAAUAUCAGACUUUGGUCGAGAAAGAGGAGUCUCUAAUAGCUAAGAUCCUAAAUGAGGAAUGGUUUGAAUCGUGGAGGGCGUCCGACAAUCAGUUGCACUUCAUUUUGGAGAGUCUCAACUAUACCAGUCUCUACGAUCUGACCCGAGGUCAGUACCGACCCAACGCCAUGGACUUUUGGCAUUGGAUGCAACAACCCCACAUCCGAAAAGCCAUGAAUCUGGGCAAUCGAAGCAUGUCCGAUGGGGUGGAUAUCUACCGAUCCAUGAUUGAAGACACGAUGCAAUCCAUCAAACCAGAGCUGGCGGAAGCCAUUGAAAAUUACAAGGUUCUGAUUUAUCACGGUUCCUUAGACAUUAUUUGCCACUAUCCUGGAGCCGAGGAGACGCUAUCGAAGACCAAUUGGACGACACGAGAAGCCUUUGAGAACAGUCAGCGGACAGCCCUUUGGUUCUAUAAUGAGGAAAUCGCUCAACGUGAACUGGCUGGUUAUCUGAAGCACUAUGGAAACCUGAGUUUUGUACUAAUUCGCAAUGCAGGACACUCGGUGCCUGUGGAUCAACCUCAAUGGGCCCUAAGAAUGGUAGAGGGCUUCAUCACUGGAGCCUUGUCGACGACUGACAUUGCGACGGGAGAUUUCAUGUUCUAAACCCUUGGAAGGAAUCGAUCAAAAUAGUCGGUUGGCAGAAAUCAUCACUCUCAAGAACCCACCAUUGUCAAUACAGUAUAUUUUAGCAUCCAACAUGUUCCUUUCCUAAUCCCAUCUUUUUAUGCUGAAGUGCAAAUAUAUCCGUAUUUUCUGAACUUGA